AAAGUCAGUCAAGUCGUCCGUCAACUUCAAUUUUGAGAGGUUACCCCAGAUGUGAACGUGUGAUUUUGGGUUUUGUUUACGAAAAUACGAAUUCUGUAUUCUAUUUAAACAAGUUUAAGUGAAAAUAUGUUGUACGACGAUUUCAAACCUAUAGUCGAUUUGGUGUUAAAUAACUGGACAGCCUUACAACUUGCGGUUGAACAUGGCAUGGGUGCACCAGGCGGGGAAAAAACUGCCCAGCUGAUGUCAGUUUACAUAGCAAGGUUUUGCGUGGAGAAUGUAGUAGACAUCCCAGAACUAACAGAAGUUAUUGAGGAUCUUAUGGACGAAGAAUUUGACACCGUAUGCCAUGACAACUCGCCAAAAGAAAUAGCAUCAGUUCUCCUUAUGUUCCUGAGUUUGCUGAAGGAGGGCCAGCACGAUGAGCUGAGAGCUAGAAUCGAAGCUAUGCCCAAGUGCCAGAAGUGGCUCAGUCAGCCGAUACAUGAAUCAGUACCUCCUCAAUACCAUGGGAAUCCAGAUGACGACACAACUAGUAGCAGUGGAGAAGAUGAUGACCAAACAAAUGGAGAAGUGGCUUCAUCAUCCCACCAAAAUAACGAACCCGAACCAAUGGAUGAAGACGUUGAACCCGGCUGGACGGUAGUACGGACACGGAGGAGGAAAUAGACUAGCAACACAAUUAAUCAUAUUAUAAGUUUGUUAUCAGUUUAGAUUCACGAUAGAAGAAUGGAUGAGACCAUUUUGUUAGGUUCUGUGAAAAACCAGCUUAAUGGCAAGCGUACACUUUGUGUGAUAGUGGUUAGAGUGUAAUGAUUAUGACACCUCUAGUCACCAUUAGAUGCUGAAUAAAUGUACAACAACUAAUCAACUUAAUACUGAUAUUUUUACAAUAAAAUUCUCUGGCACCUUACAAGCAAAGUAAAUUGUGACAAUUUGAAACAGCUGUGGAUAGUGUUUAGUUUUAAAUAUAAAACUUUUUAUUGAUCAACAAAAGUAAAUAAUUCCUCAAUCAAGUACCUACCGGUAUAGAUUUUAUAUGUAUAGAAGUAGUACUUGCAUUAAAUAGAAUGAUUGUAAUGUAAUAAUAUUAAUAUGCUUGUUAAAGUGAAUGUUAGCUAAAUUGUGCUAGCCUUACUUAGGGUGCAACUUAGGAUCAUGCAAUAAAUAUUAUAGAUAUGUUUUGUAUCUUGAAUAUGUAUACUUUUUGCCUGUGAGAGUUAGACAUCGAUGUUUUAAAUCAUGAUGAUUUGU